UGUUGAGACGAGACUGUAGGCUAUAUGAAUAAACUUGCGGCGGAUGGUUUACGAUGAGUUCUCCUAAGGGGCCCGUUGAAGCGACAGCUCAGGAAAAAUCGGACUCGGACAGCGAGGAAAGUCAAAAGCCGAAAGAUAUGACCACUGACACGGGACAUAAAGUGAAGAAGACUUACCUCCCGUUCAGUGUUGAAUCCCUGAUGGCCAAAUCGAGCUGCCAGGUCGCGUGCUCUCCGGCUCUCCAGCACCAGAGACUGGGAUUGGGACAGGACUUAGUACGGACUUACUUUGUAGACAAAACCAAAGUUUCUGUGGACACUUUGUCAAGCGUUUCGGACAGUGAAGAUUUAAGCGAUAAGGAACAGAGCACUUGGCCAAACUCUUCGUCUUUCACAUCUCCUCCUCGUCUCCCGAGCCCGCCGCCGUGCCCGUUACGCAAGCACAAGACGAACCGGAAGCCGCGCACACCCUUCAGCACCGCACAGCUGCUCUCCCUCGAGCGCAAGUUCAGGCAGAAACAGUACCUCUCCAUCGCCGAACGGGCCGAGUUCUCCAACUCCCUCAACCUCACCGAGACUCAGGUCAAGAUCUGGUUCCAGAACCGGAGGGCGAAGGCCAAGAGACUCCAGGAGGCCGAGCUGGAAAAGUUCAAAUGCGCCUCCAAACCGCUCCUGUCCCCGUUCGCGCUGCCCUUUCCUCUGGGAUCUCCAUCAUCUCUGUACGGACCUCCAGCCUCCUUCCCACGGCCCGUCCCGAUGCCAGGACUAUUUAACGGACCCGUGUCCUAUGGGAUGUAUUAUUUGUCAUAAAAAAAAAAAAAAAAAAAAACUUUUUUCUACCUGACGCGGCUUCUUCCACUCUUCCAGACUUUGCGCAAAUUAUUAACGUUUACACAUCCAGAAUCACAGGGAAAUUUUCACUACAUUACAAAAGUCACAUUACAAGAUUGUUCUUGUUAAUUGCACAACUAGGCCUAAGUGCUGAAUAAUACUCACGAACAACAUGUAAUUAUAUUUUCAAAGGAACCGCAUCUAAUGGUUAUUAAUUAGGCCUAGUUAUAGCAUCAGUUAUGUCAAUGUUAACCCAGUCCCCUACAGCCACACGAGAUGAUGGAAGUAUAAGCUGCUGUAUAUGUUUUAUUCUUCGUGUUGUAUUCUGACGUGCUCUUGUAGAGCAGCUGUAGAUGUGUAACUCUUUUAAGAUCGUCUGCACGGAUGUUAUCCGUCAGAAGAAGUACUUAUUGGCCUUAUGUUGGAAGUGCCUUGAAAGACCAAAUAUUUAUUAGUCUAAAAUAAAA